AUGGCCGAUCUUCGCGCCCUUGCUAAGAGUGAGCGACGUGUGCUGAAUACGCUGGAAGGACUGGAGAAUUUCGCGCGGAGAUACGAUCCUAGCCAAGACGAACCACAAAUUGCAGUGCGCCUGGAAUCCCUGGAGGCAAUCUGCAAGGAGUUUUACGCGAUUCGGCAACGAAUUGAGCUGCUAACGGACGAAACCGCUGAGGAUGAGGACGACAAGGAUGUCCAAGUGCGCGAAAAGGCCAACCUGGCGGCGCUUACCGAGUUCGAGGAGCGGUAUUUUCGCGUGAAGGCCAGUCUCACAUCGAAGCGAGCUCCCCCACCACCAACCGCGACGACAUCCGGAAUCGGUCAACCUGGUGAUCGGUCAGAUUCCUCUUUUUCUAAGGUGAAGCUGCCAGAAAUUCGCCUUCCGUCGUUCGGUGGGAGGAUUAUGGAGUGGGUCCCGUUUCGAGACAGCUUCUGUAGCCUGAUCCAUGAGAACAAGCAGCUCACCGACAUGGACAGGUUCAGUUAUUUGAAGUCGGCCCUUUCUGGAGAAGCGUUGCUGGAGAUGGAGUCAGUGGAGCUUUCAGCUGUGAACUACUGCGUAGCGUGGAAGGCGCUGGAAUCCCGCUACGAAAACAAGAAGCUUAUAGUGAAGGCCCACCUCGAUGCACUUUUCGCCGUGGAAGGCAUGAAACGCGAGAGUUACGAUGGCUUGAGCAACCUAAUCGGCGGGUUCGAGAAAAACCUCCAGAUGCUGCAGAAGAUUGGAGAAAACACCGCAGCGUGGAGCACAAUUCUGGCCUACAUGGUGUAUUCCCGGCUGGAUCCUGCCACACUACGGCAGUGGGAAACGCACCAUAACUCGAAAAACGUGCCAACAUACCAGAAUAUGAUCGCUUUCCUACGCAGCCAUUGUGCAGUACUGCAAUCCGUCGCUCCUGUCAAUUCGAAGCCGAGCGGCUCCGACUAUCGCUCAUCGAAGACAUCCGUGUGCCAUACCACCGUGAAACUGUCGAGGAAGUGCCUAUUCUGCGGCGAUUCGUGGCAUCCCGCCUUCGUCUGUGGAAAGUUUCAGCGGUUACAAGUUGCGGAGCGCCUCGAAGUGGUUUCCAAGGCAAAACUGUGCCGGAAUUGUCUCAGCCUUGGCCAUUGGGCCCGAUACUGCGACAAGGGAACCUGUCGUCACUGCCAGCAGAAGCACCACACUCUUCUGCAUGGAGCACCAAUCCGAUCCUCCGUUCCACAAUCGCAGUCAAAUCCUCCGACACAAACCAGACAACAGCCACAGUCCCCGCAACCUAGACCGAACCCGAGACCACAGACAUCAAACGCUAGCUACACUACACCCAGCGACUCUCAACGACCAAGCACUCAGUCACCAGCCACCAACACAGCCACAUCCACCACUCAAACACACAUUGCACUCCCAGUUACUCCCACACACAACAUUCUGCUCUCCACCGCCCUUGUCAGGGUUCAGGAUCGUCACGGCAAUACCAUGCUAGCACGAGCCCUGCUGGACUCGUGUUCCCAGCACUGCCUGAUGACGAAAGAGUUCUCCAGCAGAAUGAAUUUCUACGCGUCGCCAUCACUUCUCUCCGUUCAAGGGAUCGGUUCGUCGAUCAGCACGUCGACGAAAAUCGUCAGCGCUGUAGUUCGGCCAAGGUUGGAGGGCAUGUCGGCAUUCUCGCAAGAGAUGCAUUUCAAUGUUCUCCCGCAGCUGACUGUUUCGCUACCGACAGCCAGUUGUAGCAUAAGCGGAUGGAACCUUCCCGAAGCAGUCCAUCUCGCCGAUCCGCGUUUCCACGAGCCAGGACCGGUAGAUAUCAUAAUCGGAGCAGAGUACUACAUGGACCUGCUUCGAAACGAGCGACACAAGGCGACUGAAGAUGGUCCUACACUACAAAACACCGAGUUUGGUUGGAUCGUGUCCGGCAAAAUACCUGAUCACCCUGUCGGAUCGCCAUCAUUGACUUUCGUCUGCUCCACGAACGAUCUUCAAGAACACCUCACGAAGUUCUGGGACCGAGAAACCUGUCGAAGUCACAGUACGCAGUCACUGGAAGAGUCAGCUUGCGAGGCGUAUUUCAACCGGACAAUCUCCGAAACGGGGGAGGUGUGUGUGAGGUUGCUGACGGCGAAAUCACGAGUUGCUCCACUCGACAACCUGAAAAGGGGGAACAGGCGUCUAUCGACCCCACGGUUCAAGCUAUCGUCUGCUUUGCUGUUGGUCCACCUCUUCGAAAAGGUCGUGAGCAGCCUUAGCAAACGUGCAAGAUGGAAGCAGUUCAUCGCAUGGGUUUCGGAGAUUCAGCACAUCACGAAGGACGGCGUCUGGAACCAUGUUGCUGGACUGCAAAAUCCGGCGGAUAUCAUUUCCCGCGGAAUGGCUCCCGUACAGCUGCAAUACGAAUCGCUCUGGUUCAGUGGGCCGUAUUGGCUGAGGUCGGACGAAUGCAACUGGCCAUCAGCCCCACCGAUCAGCGAAAACGAAUUCGAUCCGGUGGAUCUCGAGGUCAAGACCGUCUCGGCAGCACUUCCAGUCAUCCAACCAAGCGAUAUCUUCAGCCUCCGAUCAUCGUUCAGCGACCUCCAGCGCCUCACUGCCUGGAUAUUACGAUUCCGCUACAAUUCGCAAUCGGCAAACCAAACGACGAAGGUGUUGGUUCGCCUAUGCCAGCAAGAAAGCUUUCCGCAGGAGUUGGUAGACCUGACGAGCGGCAGAGUAGUUAGAGAAUCGUCGAAGAUCCUAGCUCUAAACCCGCAACUCGAGGACGGAAUACUGUGCGUUGGCGGCCGGCUGCGUCACGCGUCAAUCACAAACCGGCGCAAGCAUCCGUACAUCCUCGAUCAUCGACAUCCGUUCGCGUACAUCGUCGUCGCCCACUACCAUCUGAAGCUGCUGCAUGGCGGACAACAGCUGAUCAUUUCGACCGUCCGAGAGCGUUUCUGGCCGACAAGCGUCCGGAAUCUCGUGCGGAAGGUGCUUCACGAGUGCGUGCCCUGCUUUAGAGUCAGGCCAAAGAUCCAGGAUCAGCUCAUGGCAGACCUCCCACCGGAGAGAGUCACUCCUUGUCCACCGUUUCAGCGCGUAGGAGUCGAUUACUGCGGCCCGUUUCAAGUCACUUACCCGCACCGACGUUCUCGGCCAGUGAAGAUCUUCGUCGCCGUCUACAUCUGCCUCGUUACCAUGGCUGUACACUUGGAGCUAGCGGCAGACUUGUCCGCUCAAGGUUUCAUUGCGACCUUGAAGCGUUUCUCCUCCCGGCGUGGCAAGCCGGAGUUAAUCAUGUGCGACAAUGGCAGAAACUUCGUUGGAGCGAGACGUCAACUAGACGAACUACGUCGGCUGUUCAUCAAUCAGCAGUUCCAGUCGAACGUAGUUAGACAAGCCAACGAAGAGCAGAUAGAAUUCCGCUUCAUCCCAGCUCGGUCGCCGAACUUCGGUGGACUGUGGGAGUCAGCAGUCAAAUCGUUCAAGCUGCUGUUCAAACGGACGAUCGGCACGCGCACGCUUCUGUACGACGAGAUGGCAACGAUUUUGACCCAGGCGGAGGCAGUUUUGAAUUCCAGGCCGCUGACGCCGCUCAGUAAUGACCCGGACGAUUUCGAAGCGUUAACUCCCGGGCAUUUCCUCAUCCAGCGUCCCCUCACGGCCAUUCCGGAACCAGAUCUGGAUGGAAUUCCCGAAAAUCGACUGUCAGCCUUCCAAAAGGCUCAACGGUACACACAGCAGUUGUGGAAAAACUGGUCCAAGCUUUACCUGUCGGACCUUCACAACCGGACGAAAUGGACUGUACGUCGGAACAACAUUGCAGUAGGGACCAUGGUGGUUCUGAAGGAUGAAGAACGACCGCCUCUAAAGUGGCAGCUCGGCCGGGUGACAGACGUUCACGCUGGCGAAGACAUGAAUGUGCGGGUCGUAACGGUUAAGACCAAAGACGGCAGCUACCGCAGAGCAGUAUCAAGGAUCUGCGUGCUGCCCAUCCGUGACAAUAUUGUAUCGUCGAACGGGGAGAACUAA